UUAGUCAAUUAUCUUUUUACUGUUCAUUGCUUCACUUCAUUUGGAGUGAAUGUAACAUUUAUAUGAACACAAUUACACUUAACGAGUAUAUGAUAAUAAAGUCUUAUUUAAGGGUAAUAUUCAAAUAAGAAAGAAAAUACAAAGUCUUGCAAUCUUAUAUCUACCAUCAGCACUGGUGCUAUUACCUUGAUACAAGGUCGAAUUAUCAAAUUAUGGGAUAGAUUUGAUAAGAUAAGAAAUAACACAUGAUCAAUUUCUAUUUAUAUUUGCUCGCUUUCACCCUUGUCCAUAGUACUGUAGAUGAUAAAAUGACAAAAUUUUGUGCAAAUUUAGCAUUUCUUUUCACUGAGAGUACCUUACUUGAAAGGUAUCAGUUAGCCAAAAAUGCUGGCUUCAAAUGUGUUGAAACUGGAUUUCCUUUUGGUAUAUCUAAGGAAGAAAUUGUUAAAGCUAAAAAUACAGCUGGAAUAGAACAAGUCUUAAUCAAUAUCUAUACCGGUGAUGUGACAAAGGGUGAGUUGGGAUUUGCUGCUAUCCCUGGUAAAGAACAAGAUUUCAAAGAUAGCAUUCAAAAAACCAUUCAAUAUGCAAAAGAGUUGGGAGCUAGAAAAAUUCAUAUUAUGUCUGGUAGAGUUUUAGGACCAGUUUCUAAAGUUAAUGAUGAAGUUUAUGUAAAAAAUUUAAAAUAUGCUGUAGGUUUAUUGGAGAAAGAAAAUAUUCUAGGUGUAAUUGAGCCUAUAAAUAGUUAUUCUGUUCCAAAUUAUUACAUGAACAGUUAUAACAAAGCUAUAGAUGUUGUUAAAACAAUUGAUAGUCCCAAUUUGAAAAUAAUGUUGGACAUUUUCCACUUACAACAUAUUCAAGGAAAUAUAACUAACACUAUAAAAGAUUUGAGGGAAUAUAUUGGCCAUGUACAGAUUGCACAAGUGCCAAACAGAAAUGAGCCAAAUACUGAUGGUGAACUGAACUAUAGAUAUAUUCUAGAUCUUUUGAGAAGUGAAGGAUAUACUGACUGGAUAGGACUUGAAUACAAACCUAAAACUGAUACUUCAAAGGGCUUGAGUUGGAUAAAAGAUAUGGGAUUUGAUCUUUAAGACCCUUAAGUAUAUUUUGUAAAUAUGCUGUAUAUUUUUCAAUAAAGAUUACAUAAUGUUUU